AUGGGUAGCUUUGGCAAAUCCCUCAGGGAUGUUGCCAACAACGUGGAGGCACGUCUCACUCAGCUGAAGCAAGAGAUUCAAGACGAGGAAGGUGGCUGCAGCAGCUCCGGCGGCGGGUCGGCGCUUGCGCGGCCUCCGGCGGGGGCUUUGGGGGCGCUCGGCCUCUCCCUCGGCGGGCAAGCGCAGACCUUGCCGCAGUGGGCUGGCUCGGGCGGCUCAGGCGACGACACCUCCUCAAUGAAGGUUGCUGGCACAUCCAGGAACUGGGAAGUUCUGGACUGCCCGCUGAGUGCACGUGAUGGCUACGAUCGACCUGCCACGCGAGAUGGCGCUCGGCCGUGCACCCAGGAUGGCAGCAGAUGGCGCUUGGAGAGUCGCCCGGUGACUCGCGACGGCCCUCUAGAGCAUCGGCAGACCCUGGAUGGCGUUCGGCCUAGCACGAGAGAUGGAGCACGACUUCAACAGAUGAUCGAUGGGAAUCGCCGAUCAGAAGCCGGGCCACGCCCCGGAACGAGGGACGGGCGAGCCUCUACAAGGGGCGGCACCGCGGAACGCCGUGGUCAUGAGACAUCCAUUCGCCAGGCCACCGGCAGAAGCAAGAAGCGCCAUCCUUCGCAGCAUGCACCAGAGGUCCUCAACCUGGACACCAGCUCCAGCCCGGAGGUUCAGACACAGCCUCAACAAGCCCAACCACUACAGCUGCUUCUGAUGGAAGACUCCCGACAGAACCGGGCUCCUUUCGGCGUGUUGGCACCCGAGUGCCUUAGCCCCUGCAUGGACGCCGACGAAAGUGCCGAGCUGCUUGAGUGA